AUGUUGUUCUAUUCGUUUGAAGAUAUUAGUGAAGAGCAAAUACUUAAAGGUAUCAAGAGACAUCAUAUUGAAGAAGAGCUGAUAUCAAAUCAAGAUAUAUUAUUUGAUUUUUCAUUUUAUGAAAGCAUCACCAUAGGCAGAUUCAUUCCAAUAAAAAAUACAUUUAAGGAAGCUGACCUUCAAGAAUUAUUCAGUUUUAAUGAUGAAAUUCUUAUCCGUGGCAAGAUGAAGAAAUUAAUUGAUGAACUGUAUCAUAAUGCUAUUCUUAAACAAGCAAAAAAUGAAAAUAUGACAAUGAAAUAUGUUUUGAAGGGAGCUGGAGGUGUUGGAAAAACAACAACAUUGUAUACCACUGCCUGUGCUGCUCGUGCUGCUGGAUGUCUAGUUAUGUACAUCAAUGCUAAAUAUUUCACUGAUGGUACAGAUUGGAUCAAUGUUAAGGUUAAUCUGUUUGUGCAGCGAUGGCUUGAAUAUACCAAAAACAUUGAUCUAUUAAAGAAGAUUCCAUCACAUUUGCCAGGUUUCAUUUCAUUGUAUAAUGUUGCAUUAAAAGCAGCUAAUGAUAAGACUGGUAAAGCAAUUCAGGCCUUUUCUGCAUUAAUUACAGAUCUUCGUUGUGUUAAACAUAUUCCUGUCAUUAUAUGUAUAGACCAAUAUAAUUCAUUUUUGGUAAAACAUAAAUUAAUCUUGGAAGAAGAUAAACCACCACAGAUUGUACAACCUGAAUAUAAUCCUAUUGCCAAUAUAUUUUCUGAUUGGAAUAAUUUCAACACAUCACGAGGAGCUGUUCUAUAUGCUUUUACAUCUUCAUAUCAUGGUGACAAAGCAGCAAAUGAUGGGAAUUCAAUGCUUUAUGAAAAAAUUCAACCAUAUAAUGAUUUUGAAUGGAAUAAAAUUACUACUCACUUUUGCAAUAAAUUACCUGAUAACAUCGAAUUUUUAAGGGAAUUUGUAGGUAGCAUACCACGGGAGUUUAUGCGUUUCCUUAAAUAUUGGUCUGAAUAUGGAUCUGAGGGAAUAGAUGUUGUGAAAUUCCAAUAUUUUGAAGAUGCAAAAAGAUAUUAUACAGCAAGAAUACAUAGACUUUUGGAUAAGGAAAGUUUAGAUGAUGAAUUCAAAGACAGUGCUAUGUUUGCUGCAAAGGUUUUUAUGGGAAACAAAGUGAAUGAAGUACCUGGAUCUUGGGACAGUUCUGGAAUGGUAAUUCCAGAUGGUUAUUAUUAUAAAUUGUGCUGUCCAGCAGCAGAAUAUUCAAUUCUGACAGCUUUUGAUGACUUUCAUGCAAAAGAAGUUAUAAAAGUAUUGAAAGAAGAUAAUGCUAUGAGUUGGCGUGUACUAGAGCUCUGUGUUCAACACUGCUUUAGAAUGGCAGCAAGGAGUGUAACCCCUAUAGAAUUUUCAUACACAGAUUUAACAACAAAAUCUGAACUCAAAAAGAUGAUAGUGAUUGUCAAAGAUGUUGUAGUCCAUGAUGAAAUCCCUCAAACUUUACCAAAAUUCAAUCCAGGAACAUUCUAUGUUUGUUGGCGGGGUGCAGCUGUGAUUGACUUUUUCAUAUAUAGCAUUGAUGGCACAAAAAUAUUUUUACAAGUAUCAGAAUUAUGUUAUAGAGAGCACCAUACUAAACUUCCAGAUCUUUUUGUCAAUGGCAAAGUCCCUGUUCAUAAUCUCUCAAUACAUCAUUUCUUUUCAAAAUGCAUCAAUCCAACAUCAACACCUCAAAAUUCCUUAGGAGAAAAUGAAUAUUAUGUUUACUUGACUACCAAUAAUAGUGGGAUGAAAAAAACAACUGGAACCUAUGAUGAACAAGUCUGUCUGGUUUCUG